AAGUUGUGUUCAAAUUACAGUGUCUAAAACAACCCAACAAGCAGAGAAGUACAGUUUAUAGUACCAAGUACGAGGCGAGACUCCAUGGGCGCCGCCAUUAUCCUCUGACUUAAUUUUGUGAAGUCAGGGUACGCCAAACUCCCCCGAGUUCGCCGGUAGGAGGUUCCACUUCGACAGGCAUUCUAGUGCACUUUUCCUAGUCCCACAACCCACUGGUUUGGAUGGGCUCUGGAACGCAGCAUAAGCUGACUGUAGUGUGUUGGUGAUAAGGUCCAAGGUCCCGAUGGUUAUGAGCUUAAAUGGGAUCGCAGUAUUAAAGGCAGAAAAUUAAUGAAUAGCAUCUUUUCAUAUUUGUUGCUUAUGUCCAAGUUACACACACCAGCCAACUGCUCAGCACAAAUCUUAAAAAUUAUGGGAUGCCAUCAAGCCCAGCCACUUUAUAUGCAUUCACCCUGCUUAGGAUAGGGCACACAUUGCUGGUAUCCUGACAGUGUACAACAAUGUGCAUCUUCAUCACCACCAUCCUCAUCAUGUCAUUAUCAUAUCUUGUUAUCAAUAUCACUGUCAUUAUCAUCGUCGUCGUCACCAUUAUUUCUAGUAUAUUCUCACAGUUCAUCUCAAGAAUGAAUGCUCUGCAUCUCUGGGAAACAAAGAUGAGUAAAUCAAGGAGGAAUAAAUCGUAGUUUUAUUUCACUGGCGAGACAAAUAGAUGUUGUAUUCCAAAUCUAUUACUUCUUACAGACUAAGCUCGAUGUUUCCCAUGCAUGUCUGUCUGGGGACGCAGAGACCCUAGCGCUCUCGAUUCUCACCUGAUGUCUAGAUUUAACCAGGUUGUAAGGAGCUCAGAGCCAACACGACCGGUGGAAACUGACCUGACAUGAAUCUUUAUCAUAAAUCGAGAUGAUAAAUAAAGACAGACUCUCCGGUUUUCCUGUGAAGCUGAUCGUUUUAUAGUCCCGUGUCAGACUUAAACCACCCGUCUGAUUGGCUGAAAUCCUUUUCCAUUGAUCUUAGUUAUUUUAGUAUUGAUAAAUGUCUGAUUGGAAAACAUUUUUAAGCUGACAUAACCCAACUCAUGCACUUUUAAAUGUUUUAGUUAUAUCUAACUGCAUCUGUAGUUCAUGUAGCUAAACUGGCAGCCGAAUGUACACAUAUUGAAUGUGCAGUAAGUUGAUAUCAGUUAAAGUGUAACGUCUCAUCUUUAGACUACAAUAAAUAUUAACGAAACAAUUUAUGAAAUGUUAUAAAACCUUUUGCAAAUAAUUUACAAAAUAUUAUACAUAUUUAAAUCAUCCAUGUAGCACAAUAAUCUCGUCAAAUAUACUUACAGUGUGAAUCUUUGAUGCCUUAAACCCAAAAAUGCAUGGCUUACAUUCCUUUACAUAAUUCCAUAGACGGAUGAGCAGACAGACAGAUGUGCUUUUUGAUCUGUAAAAAUUUAAAUAUGUUAAUUUGCCUUUUAUGCAUGCAUGAAAAUACCAUAAUAUAGACAUAGGACACAAAGCAUUACCCAAUAUAACCCCAUGCGCAUCCACCGUUUCCUCCAGCAUUGCAGGAUUCAUGUCUUCAUAGUUAAAUAAGGAAUGUAGAUAGUGAAAAAAUCACAUUUAAAUCCCCGAAUUUAUGUUCCUGAAGACAGACAUUAUUCAUGGAAUUUCCAUUCAAAUAACUUCUGUCGUUUUUGUUUCUUUUAAUUAUAGACCCUUUCAUCCAUCUUUCACGCAGUUAACCCCUACAUUUCUCUGUUCCCCCGUUUUAUAAACAUAAACUUUCCAUGUAUAGUUCUACAAUGAGAAAUCUGUCCUUCACAGUUAUUCAUCCUAAAAAAAUGUACCCUUCCAUCAAUGUCAACACAGCCUGAGGCAACAAACAGGCCACAGCUUUAAGCAAUUAUUCCCAUUUACACUAAAUUUCCCAUAUUCUCCACCCAUGGCAUGGAGCAAUUCCUAUGGAUCUCCAACAUGUCUACAAAUAGAAAAUAUAAGCAAUCUAAUAAAUAAAAGUAAAGUAAGUGUAGCCGUGAGACCAGGUGAGUAACUGGGAACAGAAGGGUUAUCCCACCUCCUUCCCAUCCUGGCCGCACCUCAUCGUCCCCUCCGCCCCAACCCGGUUAUAUAAGAGAUGGUCCGAGCAUCACCUACGCUCUCAUCCUGAAGAAGUGAACCAAAGCGAAUCAGAGAAGCAUGAUGUGUUCAAUGCUGAAGAUCACCAUUUUGCUGUUUUGUGUUCAAGCGGGAGAAGGACGCUGGCUUAGAACGCUACUAGGACCGACUGCACCUCUCAACAAUGAAGAGAGAAAACAUGAAGAAAAACACGGCUCAGAAAAGCAUUUGGAAAGGGAGAUCCGAUCACCCCGCAGUGUCGACUCCCCAUGCGCCCUGCACUCCAUCCUGCUGCAGGUACGAGACCUCGGGCUCGGGUACGACUCGGACGAGGCCGUGCCGUUUAAGUACUGCAGCGGGUCUUGCCCUCGCAUCGCCACCAACCACGACCUGACGCUCACCAAUCUCCUCCAGAGCGGCGUUUUACAAUAUAUCGGCCAAUGGCAUCACCAGUCCUGCUGUCGCCCCACACAUCACGAAGACAUGGUCUUUCUCGACAACAGCCAUCGUUGGCACAAAGUGGAGAAACUGUCUGCCGCAGCGUGUGCAUGUAUGGGGUAGGGUCGAGGGUGGCCAUGUAAAGACUUUUAAGAGUUUGUUUAUCCUAUAAGUGCCUUUGAAUUUAAACUAAAGGCUGUACUGCAUUAAUUCAGGUAUAGAGAUCUCACGUAAGAAACAGGUUAUGAAUGUAAAAAUGUGUAUGUAUGGAAAAUGCAUCAUAUAGAGUUGUAUAUAUUGCUUUUUUUAUAACAACGAGGCUUAAUCGGCUAAUUUUGUGCAAUGUCAAAACUUUCAGGAGACGUUUAGUUUUGGGAACACUAUAAGGUGUCUGAGGUCUUGUCCAUCCGAACCAAAAUUUAAACAUAUUUAUGUGUUAUAAAUUAUUUAUUUAUUUCAAACCCACUUUUAGUGCCUAAUAAAUUAUUGUUAAUCUUUUUUAUUUCAUGUGCUUUGUAAAUAUUUUUACAGUUCUGAAUAAAAAUACAAGUAAAAGCUGUUGUGCUUAUUUUGUCUGAAUUAACUAACCCAGAAAAAAAGGAAACUUUAAAAAAAGAAAACUUGGCAAGCUUCAAGGAUUGAUAUUUUCUUUAAAAAAAUCCAGGUAAUUUACUCACCACCAUGUCAUCCAAAAUGUUGAUGUCU